AUGCUGCGCUCGCACGGACCCGAUGCCGACGGCAGCGGCAAGACGCAGGCCGAGGACGUGGCCGUCCACGUGCAGUCGACGCCCGAGGACCAGCCGCUGUUGAACGACGACGAGCAGGACAAGGACAAGGACAAGAAGCCCGUGAAGGCCAAGAAGGCGGCGGUCGCGGUCGCGCCGCCCACCAAGGUGCUGUUCCUGGACGGCGUGCGCGGGCUCGCGGCCAUGCUCGUGGUUACGCAGCACUCGCACGAGUACAUGCAGGACCUGAACCUGGGCGCCGUCGCGGUGGACUCGUUCUUCGUGCUGUCGUCGUUCCUGCUGACGUGGCUCUUCACCAAGAAGACCAUCCGCAUGAUGAACCAGGGCGCGGGCGUGCGCAAGUGGGUCUUCGCGCUCUGCGACUACUUCUGCAAGCGCUUCUGCCGCGUCUACCCGUUGUUCGCGCUCACGUGCGUGGCGCUCUGGUUCAUGGACGACGAGGCCAAGGAGCGCUACUUCCUCAUCAAGCAGCCCGAGAACUUCGACCUGUACAAGACGCUCACGUUCGAGUUCGAGUACCGCUACUUCGUCUUCUGGACGCUGCCGCUCGAGAUCUCGUACUACUUCUUCAUCCCCGUGUUCGUCGUGGGCACGCUCAUGCUGCGCAAGUUCUGGUGGGUGCCCUUCAUCCCGGCCUACUACUGGGUGGUCAACGAAGGCUGGAACGACUACCGCACGAGCCACUCGGUGCUGCGUCCGCACAUCCCGACGUUCCUGGCCGGAUCCAUGGCCGCCGUCAUCUUCGUCAAGCUCGACACUUGGAUCAAGGCCAGCGGCUUCCAGUUCCGCCUGCUGCCCAAACUGCUCCUACGCACCAUCGAGUACUCGGCGCUGGCUGUGUUCCUGAGUAUCGCCUUCCGUGGUCUCUUCUUCAUCUGGGUCCACGAGAACACGGCGCCCAAGACGCCCGGCUUCCCGUUCGUCAGUGUGUCUCUGACCACGGUGUUCGUGUGCGAGAUGCUGCUGCCCUCGCCGCUUUCGUCCAUCUUCGAGUGGAGCUUCCUGCGCUACUGGGGCAAGAUCAGCUUCUCGGUCUACCUGCUGCACAGCUUCGUGCUGUACAACAAGACUGUCAACUCGCAGCCCAACUACUACUGCAGGAUUUUCUCUCGCUUCGGGCUGCUGUGCAUGCUGGCCACGGCGUCGUAUCACCUGGUUGAGUAUCCGUCUCAACUGCUGGCGCAGCGUAUCACCAAGGCGCUUGCGGAACAGGAAACCAAGGGAUCUGGUGGCAUGACAGUCUUCUGGGGUGAAUGGGCGAACCCGUCCAAGAUGCUAGCGCAGCGUCUGGCGUGGGCGCAGGAAGCGAAGGCCUCCGGUAAAUGGAUGGAGGUGCUGGGACUGAAAAGUGCGCAGCCUACGAAGGCGCAGCCGCACGAAUCUGCAGCGUGA